CAUGUGUAUCUCCUUAUUUUGUGUAUGUAUAUGUGUAUAUAAAUAGAAGGGGCAAACUGAGGAUUACACCCUUGUCUUGUGCCUCUUUCUAAGGAGAAGGAAAGAAUAAGAACAAGGGUCAUCUAACUACUACACUACUAUAUCUGCUCUCUACUAUUUUCUACAGAGAGAGAGAGAGAGAGAGAGGAGAGGGUGAGGUAGUAGUAAUAAGAAGUAAAUAAAAGAUGGGGAGGCCUCCAUGUUGUGAUAAGAUAGGGGUGAAGAAAGGGCCUUGGACUCCAGAAGAGGAUCUCAUGUUGGUCUCUUACAUCCAAGAGCAUGGCCCUGGGAAUUGGAGAGCUGUUCCUACCAACACUGGGCUAAUGAGAUGUAGCAAGAGUUGUAGGCUAAGAUGGACAAAUUAUCUAAGGCCAGGGAUCAGGCGUGGCAACUUCACAGAUCAAGAGGAGAAGCUUAUAAUCCAUCUCCAAGCUCUCCUAGGCAAUAGGUGGGCGGCCAUAGCUUCUUAUCUCCCCGAGAGAACAGACAACGACAUCAAGAACUACUGGAACACGCAUCUAAAGAAGAAGCUCAUGAAAAAGCCGCACAACAGGGGCGAUGACGACGGCGACAGUGCUCGGAAAAGCCUCGGCUUUUCGCGCGAGCAAAAUUCGAAAGGACAGUGGGAAAAACGGCUCCAAACCGAUAUUCAUAUGGCUAGACGUGCCCUCCGCGAGGCUUUGUCACUCGAAAAGCCAAAUAGCUCUCUCAAUGAGCUCAAGCCACAAAACUGCUUUCCCAAGAAGCCAAUUUGCGCAACAAGCUAUGCGUCUAGCACGGAGAACAUAGCUCGAUUGCUCGAAGGUUGGGUCAGGAACCCACCAAAGAAGGACGCAGUUCGGUUCGAGUCGGGUUUGAGCCAAAAUUCGGUGAUUGGUAGUAAGGCGGUUCGGUCCGGGUCCGAAUCGAGCGAAUGUUCGGAUAGCGUGGCUAAUCGAUUCGACUCGCUGCUUGAUUUGGGCUCACCGAUGCGGGAGGGGUCGGAUUCGAGCCCGGUCGGAGGCGAGUACAAACCACCUCAUGCGCCAUUUUCACUAUUCGAUGAGACUUGGCUAUUUGAUGAGAGUGUGGGGCAAGGUGUGGGGGAAAUUAUUAUGGACAUGAAUUUAGGGGAUCCUUCUAACUUGUUCUAAACUAAUGGAGUGUAGUUAAAUUUUUUUUCCCCCUUUUUAACUCUUUUGAUUUAGGGCAUGAAUGAAUAUAGAUAUAAUUUAGCAAAUAGAUGGAUGAUCUAGGAGAGCCUUGAGUGACUUAAUUGUAAAUUUUCAUGAUCUAAGUACUAUGAUAUUGUUGUA